ACAUAAUCAAUGGUCAGUGAUAUUUUUCGUCUGCUGUGAAAUAGUCGUAGAGGUAAAAUAUUCAUAAAUUUCGUAGAGUGAUUGUAUUUUCGAUUAAUCCAAUGUCUGAAUUACAAUUACUGUAUACAUUAAUAUUUUUGACUUUAAAAUAAUCGCUGCUUCGAUCAUUUCUAAGUAGAAGAUUGUGGUUUAGAUGGUACAAGUUAUAGCCACAUUCAUAGGAGCCGUGCUUGAAACGGCUACUUGGUGACGAUCAUGGCAGUGAACAAUGUCCAAGGACGACACGUCCGUCAGUCGAGCAAGAACACUCUCCUGAAAGUGGUCAUACUGGGUGACGGUGGCGUGGGGAAGUCGUGUUUGAUGAACAGAUUUGUGAGCAAUCACUUUGAUGAGCACUCCUUCCAUACGAUCGGUGUUGAAUUCCUCAACAAAGACAUAGAAAUUAAUGGGGAGAUAUACACACUACAGAUCUGGGACACGGCAGGACAGGAGCGGUUCAAGAGUCUGCGCACACCCUUUUACCGCGGCUCCGACAUCUGCCUGCUCACGUACGCCGUGGACGACCGCGCGAGCUUCCGCAACCUGCAGAUGUGGCGCAGCGAGUUCCUGUUCUACGCGGACGUGCGGGAGGGCGCGGCGUUCCCGUUCAUCGUGGUGGGCAACAAGGUGGACGUGGGUGCGGGCCGGCGGGAGGUGGCGGGGGACGAGGCGCGCGCCUGGUGCGCGGAGCACGGGGGCCUGCUGUACGUGGAGACCAGCGCCAAGGACGCCACCAACGUGGAGGAGGCCUUCUCGCUGGCCGUGGAGGGGUGGGCGCGGCUAGAGGCGCGGCUGGACCGGCCGUACGUGGGCGAGACCGUGGACCUGCGCAGGCAGCCGCCGGAGCAGCGGUCGUCCUGCUGCUUGGCCGCGGGGAGCGCGGCCGAGUGAUCCGGCCUGCCCCGCGGAGUUGUGUGCAGGGAAGUAGCUCAUAGCUGGGGGCAAUACCUGCGCUGUUCUAGAUGAGUUUAUCGUCACUCAAACCAUACACCAUUCGUCAGCAAAAUGUACAAUAAUAUAUUAAUUAUUACAAAAAUAAACACAUAAGCACUUUACAGCAUAAUACCGUAUUUACUCGUGUAUAGCGCGCCCUCGUGUAUAGUGCGCACCACGAUUUUUCAACAAAUUCAAAAAAAAAAAUUAUAAUUUUUUUUUCAUAAAUAAAUUUUACUAACAUUUUGUGGUACCUGUUAAGUAAUUACUUAUGAAACAAAUGAUUAUUUACAUUGAUGUGUGGUGAUGUGUCAGGAAAAUAGUUAAAUUCAGUACUCUUCUACCUGAAAGUGAAACUUUUGUGGCAUACUGUACCAUCUGAAACGACAGCGCAAGCUAAACUCUGCUGUGUAGACGGAAGAUAAUGAAGCGCUGUAUCGUCACAACUGGUACAAGGACGGGAGGGAGGGAGGCAGGCAGGAACGGGACUAUGACCAUCAAGUAACCUUGACAGUUGACAGGACUAAACACCACCACUCCCGUCACUGUUGCUAAGCUGGCGCGGAGGACUAGAUGACUCACCUCGCGCGCACACGUGUGUGUGUGUGUGUGGGGGGGGGGGGGGGGGUCACCCAUCACGCGGCAGUUAACGACUACCACUCCUCCUCCCCGCCUACCCCCCUUAAAUGGGCCUUCUCUAUCAAAACGUUUAUUUAUUAUUAUAAAUCGAUUUUACUUUGAAUGACUCGAAAGUAAUUAGACUCGUUCUAAUGUGUUUAUAGAAUAAAGGCAAAAGAACUAAUCAUUUUAUAUUAAUUUGUGGGCGCCAACAACUUUUAAAAGUAUUUAGAUAUGUCGACUUGAUUAUGAAUGACACAAUAUUCGCAACGUGAUCGGGAAAUAACCGUUAUCAGUUUUCAGUGACAUUCCAUAAUUAUCAACAGAUAUUCAUAUUUCUUUAAUACCAGUAAAAUAGUAUCAAACUCAUUGAACCUAUUUUAUUGCAAGUCUUCACUCAGCGAAAGUUUACUAUACAAAAUUUAUUCAAAUUUAUUUAUUGUCCUGACUAUUCAGUAGGUAGAGCUGGGUAUUUUGUGGAAAAAUUCGUAAGUUCAUUAGAUUAGUUGACAUACAAACUUUUUAACUUUAACUCAAGUUGUCACUAGACUUAAACAGUAUGGUAUUGGUGUAAAGAGUAUUUAAAACUGAUUUCACGUGAUGUUGACUAUUCCGGUAUGUUAGUUUUUGCAAAGCUAGUAAGUUUUGUAAAAUUCCUUUACAAAUAUCUGACCAACCUGUUAGUAUAGUUCAGUAGUAACGAACUAUGCAUUACGAUGUCUGUCUUCGUUGUACGGGAACUCAGCAACGAAUAUUCCACGUCUUCAUCCUUGAAACGCCACUCCGCUGUUUCAUGUCUUCGUCCUGGGAACGCCUCGUAGCAAUUCUUCGUCUUCGUCCUGGGAACGCCUCUUGUUAUUUGUCUUCGUCCUGGGAACGCCUCUCGCUGUUUCCGGAUGGUCUCGUACAGUCAAUUAUUCAGAAUAUUUUAUUCUUCGUCCUGGGAACGCCUCGAUGUUACUUCCAAUCUUCGUACAAAUAAUAAUUCUUCUUCAAUUCAAUAAAUAUUUCCAAAUUAUCAAUAUUAUCAAUGUCUACUAUUAUUUUUUGCCAUUCUUCAAAGUAUUCCAACAGUCAUAAUUCCAAUUUCUGCAGUAAUAUAAUGUCACGUCUAGCUUAUCCGAAGGUUCCUAUAUCAAUUCUCCUUUUUGUUUUCUCACUUAAAAUUCGAAACAAACUUUUAUUUUCCAGCAAUAGUUUUUGUUAUACCUUUUCGACCAAUACCAGAUUGUUUUACAAACUCUUAGUCAUAUAAUAUUAAACAUGAACUUUUGAAAAUACCCUCCUUAUUGGUUAAACAAAAUAUCUCAUUCCUUUAGCAAAGAAGUUUUACAUUAAAAGAUAUAAAUACAAAAUUACUGACUUAUGGUUCAUAGAGAAAUAAAGAAAUGUGCUCAGAAGUGAAAUUAUAAAAUAUGAUACAUUAAUUUAGUUCCUCCAUCUUGUUAAAUAAAGUUGACAAGUUCAACCUUUAUACCCUCAACUUUUUUUUUCCGUGUAUAGCGCACAUCCUUGAUUUUUUUCCUUUACUUGAGGGAGAAAAGGGCGCGCUAUACACGAGUAUAUACGGUAUAUCAUUUCACUGUAUGUUAAAUGUAUAGUGAAACUAGCUGGCCAAUCGAGAGAACACAAUUUUUUUUUACAAGCGAUAGGUGACUUUCAAACUAUUGUUUAGCAAGUAUUGUCCCCUUUCUCAUAGCAGCUUUCUUCUCAAGUAGUCAGCACGGCUUGGUUGGAUCAGCUUUUGUAGCACACACUAUUUAUGUGAGUAGUACGUAAUAUUUGGCUACAAAGGAGUAAGUUGUUGGUAGUCUUAAAUUAUGUUAUUUAUUUCAAAGCUUGGCUUCAGAUGUCAAGUUGUCUCAAGUAUUCAAUAUGCGAACUGCAAGAUGUUACAUGUAAUCUUUUAUGAGGCAUUAUUGAAUAUUUUGUGUAAACUAAAUAUUAAUUUGAAAAAUGUUAUUGUUACUGUACAAUUUUAUUAUUGCUUUUGUUAUAAACAUUGCAUGUUUUAGUGCAUAUAUAGUCAACAUUGUUUUAAUUAAAAUUAAAUAAUAUAAUUAUAGCUGAUUUUGUUGUGCAAAGUUAGGCAUGCAUUCAUUGAGUUUUAUAUUUAUAUUAAUAACAGAAUUUUUAUUUAUAUUCAACCAACCUUUAAAAUAAACUUUACUGAAAGAAGCAGUAUAUUACUCGCUCAAUUUAUUUAUAUUUAGUCAUAUAUUUAGUUAAGUUUUGUUUUUUAUUGGUUUACAAAAUUUAGUGGAACCAGAAUAAUUUAAGCUUGUUCUCACUAAGACUAUUCUCACAAUGUUGGUGUGGAUUGUGUGUGAGUAACAUUCCUCAUUAAAUAUUUGUUUAUGAUUAUUUUGGCCUCAUAGUUUCUAUAAUAAUUAAUUUACAAAAUAUUGGGGAAGACCAGAUAGGCUAGAAACAUGACAUUGUUAGUUUGUAACACAGUUAUUUUGUAACAUCAUGAGCAUUAAAGGUAAUAUACAGGCAGGAAAAGAAUCUUCUGUAGCUUGUUCUUUAUUCCUUGCUGAAAUUCGCAGAUACAUACUUGUUUAUAGUAAUGCUGCUGUCUUUGGUUGAUCUAACAUCCAACCUACAUUUUUAUUUUUAUAUUGUUAACUUUUAUAAUAUUUAGAGGGCCAUUGUGUUUCUUAAUGAACAGAUGUUUCCUGUUAUGGAAAGAAGCAAUCGGGUUCAUAUAAUAUUUGUAAUAUUUAUGAACUUGCAAAAAAAAGUUCAGCAUUUUUUUUAAUUUGUGUGUACAAGAAUGAAGAGAACUGUCUAAAAGAUCUCCAUAAAUUUUCUUGAAUUUGAGUAACAGAAAAUACGUAAAUGUUUGUAGUAUGUUUUAAACGAUCAAGAGACUGGCUUCUAAAAACUGAAAUUUGUUGCUUAUGGAUGUACAUAGACAGUGAUUGUAUAAGAUUGCAGAUUUUUUUUUACGUAUAUUGGUGAAGUUGUAGCUUGAUGUACGCAGGAAAUGAAAUAGUUAUUGACUGUUCUAGCUAUCGAGAUGCGUGAAUACUCAUUCCUUUGCAACAUAAAAGCUGGAAUUAUUCAGACAUUCAUGGAGUCGGUUACCAAAUAACACGUGCACAGCUUUGCUUCAGUGAGAUUCUUUAAAGGGGCGGUAUUCAAUGUAAUGUUCACUUGUUUCCUGCACGUGAACAUCAAAACAUGUUGUAAUUGCCUUAAUGUGAAGCUUCCCAUAUUUUGAAUCUUUGGCUGCAGAGAAAUAAAUCCUGUCAGCUCACAAAUCUGUCACAUUAAUGGAUGACUUGACAAGGGAAAUACCAUCACUAGUAGUUUAUCCUUUGCAUAUCUUAUUAUGACAUGCCUGGUAAUUCAUGGAGGACUGUCCUGUUGUAACAGUGACUGGCUCUUUUAAAUAAAAAAAAAUUGUCUUCAUCAGGUACACUGCAUUGAAAAUUUUACAGGUGACAUGUGAUUAGAUCAUGUUAUUUCUUUACUUUUUUAUGCAGUGUGAUCCUGAAAAUAUUUCAUGUAAGUUUGAUUAUGUUCAAAAAGGUUUGACAUAUAAGAUUCCUGUUUGACACAAUAAUAAUUCAGUUUUGUGUUGUAUUUUUUUUACAUGAUUACAGUAUUCCAGAUAGUGUAAAAUUAUGAAUUAAACUGUAUUGCGCUAUAUUAAAAUUUCGAUACAGAUUUGAAAAUCCUUAAAUUAUUGGGAUUUGAAAUCAUUUGCAAAAUAUUUAAAUGUGUAACUAAGAUUAGAGCCCAAAACAAAUUGAUCUGAAUCAUCAUAAAAGUUUUAAUGAAUCCCAUUUUUCUGUUAAUUGAAUUUCCUGAAGGAUUGGUGAAGGGUUUAUAUAGGUAGUAUGUUAUUGAGAAAGAGAUGCAGGGAAUACUUUCAAAUUGUUAUCAAACUUGGGUACUAAGAGGGGUUUUUAUCUGUAAAAGUGCUAUAUGUAAAUGCAUUAAUUAAUAUGUGCAAUGAAUCAGAAAAAAUGCAAAUUAUUAUACAUAUAUGGUUAGUUGUUUCCCACUUUUACUCGUGAAGACACAUUAGUAUUGAACUUGUAAUGAAAAAACAAUAUACCUUAAAUCCAUAAAGCUAGGAUUUGCCACAUAUUUUUUAUGGUAAAUGUGUUGUUAAAUUGUCAAUAAACAUGUUACUAUGGAAUCAUGGAUCACAAAAAGAAACAAAAUUGAACACCCUGCCAUAUGUCAUAUGCAAAGAAAAGUAGAGGAAGUAUAUUAAGGGUUGUGUUUUAAUGGUAGGCAAUUGACAAUACUUUCAGCACUUGCAUCACUGUAUGUGGAAGUGCUGAUCAUUUGAAGAUGGGUGCAUCUCGCUAUAUUAUUGUAAACUGUGUUCUGUUGCAACCUGUGUUUCGAAACAUGUAAUGUCAACUCAUGUAGAUUUCCCAGUGCUAAACGGGGGCCAGGCAGAGUACCUGUUAUCUUGACUUGGAAACACAUGCUCUCUCACGUCUUCACUGUUACGUUUCAUUGGUCGACCCACCGCCGGGACUAAACGAAACACGUACGCAGCGACCUUGGCAUCACUGGCAGAUACUGAGCAGGAAACAACUUGGUCAGACCGGACUACUCUCUGCCUAAUUUCUGCUGCUUUUUAUUAUGCUUGUGGGUAUUUACUAGGCACAAGCAAAUCAAUUUUUUUUUAAAUUUAAAUUGAUUACCAAAUUAUUCAGGAAUUGGUUUAAAUAUUCAGUAAUUUUUUUUUUACUCUUCAAAGGAAUCUAAGAAAAAUGGCUGCAUUAUACAAUAAAAAGAAAAAGAGAACAAACCUGGAACCUAAUUAGAAACAUUUUUUGUUGAUCCAACUGGUUAAUUACUUAAACAAUUUUUUUUGCUGCAGGAGAUGCAUGCUACAUGAUUACUUGCAGUAGAUUGUUGUAGAUCUCAAAUAUUUUUCUGCUUCCCAAUUUGUAAUACUAUAUCAUAUGAUAUAAAGUAUCUGUUAAUACACAGUUAAGAAAGUGAUGGUGCCUAAAGUAGUUAUGUUAUUAUUUGAUUAUGGUGAUAUGUUAACUCUAAGCAGUUUUAAACUGUUCCAUCACAAGCCUAGUAGCCUAUCAUUAGGGGCCGGAAAAAUUCGCAAUUUGCGAUAGAUGCGAUUUUUUUGCGAAUUUUGAGGUUAGAUGCGAUUUUUUACUAAUUGUUGUUAUAAAUGCUAUAUUUGCGAAAUCGCGGUAAAAUUGCCAUUAUCGGGCGAAAAACCACUAUAGAAUGCAACAAAAUGGCUUGAACACACAUUCCUCAAAGUAUUUUUUUUGAAAAUAGCCACCAUAACACAAUUACCGUAAACAAUAGCUUCUGACAAGGCUUGUUGAAGGAAUAAAAUCCGAAUCCUAACCUUUAUUUAUAAAACAUUCCUUAACCAAAUAUCACGCAUGAUAGUAUAGAAUAAGUAAUUUUGUAAAUUUAUUCUUUACGAUUUACUCAAGAUACCGUUGAAUGUUGUUUAGAAAAGAAUGUUCACACUACUUAUCGACGCAGUUAUUUUGUUUUGUUAGAUCACAUCACGUUCGCCUACGUUCGCCAUUGCAUCGUGUGUUGCCUGUUCAUGAAGAGUAUCUAACCUAACAAAACAAAAUUUCCCGGGAAGCGCAUCACGGGAACCAACAACCUAGAAAAUAUCUAGGUCGUUGACGGGAUCGUAGUGAACUUGCAAAGAUAAAAAUGAAAAUAUUUUAAAUGCUGAAAACUACUACAAAUAUUUUAGUACGCGGUUUUUUACAUUCGUUGAUAAUCACUUUAGUCUUCAAAUUUUUUUUCUGAUCAAUAUUUUACAUAGGGACAAAUCAUACAUUUUGUGGUGCACAUUUAGCGUACUGAAGUUGGUCAACUCGAAUCGUCAGUUUGUUUCCAUCUGAAAUUACUAGUGGUCAAACGUUUGUUUACAAAUACCGUUUAAUGAUUUUGGUUUGUGUUAAAAUUCGUCAUAAUGGGUAUAAACACUAUUACAACUUCUUGUAUUGUUAUGUAACUUUAAUAUCUUAUGCAAAUUUCUCAAAAAUAGAUGCUAAUUUCUGGAAAAUAGAUGCUAAUUUUCAACAUCAUAAAUGCUAAUUAUGUAAUAAAUAGAUGCUAAUUUUUCCAGGCCCUACCUAUCAUGUAUUAUAUUGCAAGCCUUCCAGAUAUCCUGGUGGCUUACAUUCACACAGCAUAAGCAAAUAAAUGACCAUCAGCUACAUGUUGAAACUUUAAGCAGAACUAACUAGUAUAAGCUUUGCAGAAUGUACAAUAGUUCUGUGCUGUUAAAAUUGUCCUGUAUUGAGUGGGCACAUUGUUAUGGUAUGAACUAUGGUAGUGUGUUUGCCACCUCCCUUAGUUUUUUUUAUCAGAAAACAUUAGAAUGUGUAUUUUCUGAAGGAAGGAAAAACCAAUAUAUUCAUAAAUGUAUAAUUUUUAAAUUCUUUUAUUUUUAACUACCAAAUAGUUUUAGCAAUAUUUGAAAUAUUCUGUAAAUUUUUGUUGUGAAAUAAUGUUUUGUUCUAUACUCUCUUUCUAAGUAAUUUAAUUGAUGAAUGUUUAGCAGUCAAGGUAAAUGUAUAUACCAAUUACAUUUUAUACACCUUAGUUGCAUCCAACCUUAUAGCUGUAGGUGUAGCAAAAGGUUAACUUUUAAAAAUCCAUGCUUAUUACUGCAUUGCCUUUGUGAAUAAAUUUGCCUUAUGAUUAAUGGUUUGUAAAUAAAAAAGAUUUUCUAUAAUCUCUACCCACAUAUGAUAUGUACGCUUGUUAAGUAUUUGUUGCACUCGUACAUUCAUGUAAUACACACUGCAAUAAUCUUGAAUGCUAAAUGUGCUUUAUAUUUUUUGGAAAACAUUUAGUCUAUUUUGAAUAUAUUUACAUUUGUGUGUGACAGAUAAGUAGCUAGUUGGAUAGCUGUGUAUUGUGUGGGUGAAAUGUGUUAAAUUACUGUCCAUAAUUCGGUUAACGUGGUUAAUACGGAAACAGUUUAUAAAUGAGUUGUAUACAUGUGAUAAAAAUUCAGAAAAUAUUAAUAAAUUGUUAGUAAUCUUUUUGUACAAUAGUUAACUAUGAUUUGUACAAAUGUGAGGUAGUGUCUGACUUCAAUCUAUUUUAGUUGGAUUUUCUUCUAAAAGAUAUAGUAAUGCAAUCCCUUUACAACUGCGCAAACAGGUCACAGACGUGAUGGUUUAAAAAGACUGUGUUUUUCAUUUAAUGAAGUUAUGUAUGUAAAAGAAGUUUACAGACCCUUAUCAAAUAUUCUUAACUUCUAAAAGCUCUGAAAAACUCAAAAUUUUUGUGACUUGUUUUGUAGCGAAGAAUUUAACUUGUAUGCAUGUAAUUUUUGUUGAUGUCUUAUUUUCUAGAUUAAUUCUUUAAUACUCAUCUUCCUAAGAAUUAAAAUCAAAUAAUUUAAAUUCCAAACCAACUAUUCUAAUUCUCAAAUGUUAAGUAACACAUUUAAGAAGACUGAAUACAAGACCACUUUUAAUAAGAUGCAAAAUAAUCUUUAAUAUAAGAAAUUCUCCUGAAUAUAAAACCUUAAAGCAUUGGAAUUCGAUACAGCAAUAAUAUUAUAACUUUAGAUGGGCCAAUCAAAUCCUUAAAUCUUGCAAAGUCUUUAUUAUAUGAAAGACUUGAUAUUUGAGGGAAAUUAUUUUAAAAAUAUUUGAGGAAGGCAAAUUAGGAAAUCCAAACACUAGCAGUUGGUAAAUAAUAAUUAGGGAUUUUAGUGACUUUUGGACAUACCUUAAUAUUAGAAAUGGGCUGGUUAAAUCCUAAAAUGCCAUUAAAUCUCGUUAAGUAUUGGAAAUAUUUGAUUUUUUAAGUAAAAUAUUCAGAGAAAAAUAUUGGAGUAAAUUCAAACAUUUAAAACUGGCAACCCUGGUCUAUUUGUGUUCUUCUUCAUACCUAUCUUGUUACCAUUCCCCCAUUUAUGUAAAUAAAAUUAUGGUAUAUAUUGAUUCAGAAACUUAGUUCAUAAGACAAUCAUAUAAUACAGUAGAAUCCGGAUAUAACGACCUUCAAGGAACCGGCGAAACUAUGUCGUACUAACCGGAUGACGUACAAAACGGUUUAGGUAAAUAAAACAUUUUGUAGGAUAUAUGUAUAAUCACAUAUACUUUAUUUUAAUGGUUCUUACACAUUCCAAUUAUAAACAUAGGUACAUAAUGUACUGUAAUACAAAGAGAUAAAUUACAUACACACGCACUACAUGAAAAACUCUGUUACUAACUAACGUAGAAAGUCCGUUAUUUGAGUUUGUUUUUGACAAGCUUUUGUUCGGUAGUAAGAACUUCGAACAGCAUUGUGAAUUCGUGACAUCAUUGUUUUCAUUAGAUCAUCAUCGAAGUUAGUCUGAACAAACACAUUGAGCGUUUCCGCAGCCUUCAGAACAUCAGACACACUCACGGUAGGGUGAUUCUCCGCUGGUUCGUCAUCAUCACCAUCGCUAUCUUUGCCAUUCGCGUCGUUGGCGAUGAUAUUUUCCACAAUGUUUUCAUCAGACGGUUCUUCACAAGUGGCGACAGCAUCGUCGACACACGCGUAUAGUUCAAAGUCCUUGUUUGUUAUGGGUAACUGAUGCUUAUCAAUAGCCCUCGCCCAAGUUGGGGCGCAGAGGUAUUGGUAGGUUGUGUAAACAAAACAUUGUGCGUCGUUUUAACCGGACGUAAUAUUAUAAAAUUCAUAAUUAAUGGUUGCUGUAAGCAGUUGGUCACUUAAAACGGAGUCGCACUAAACAGUUUAUUUUCUCAGUACCUAACUAUGAAACCUAACUUGAGUAAACAUUAUCGUCAUUAAAAGCGGUUAGUCGUUACAAGCGAAGUCGUCGUAUAUGAAUUCUACUGUAGUUGAAUGUUCCAACAUUACAGUUAGUAUGUAAAUUUGGAUUUCUUGUACAUAAUGAAAUUUUUAAUCCUUGACUUUGGAUUCUAGGUGUAAAUGUAAGGUACUCUUAAUGAUUCAAAUUCCAGGAUUAAUUUUUGGAAAAUUGGAAUCUGACCUAUUACUAAUUAUAUGUAACUGUAAUUUGAACACCAAUAAUACUGUUGGUUCAGAGGAUAUUGGAUAAAGGGCUGUAAAUUGGCGUCAGAAUUAAUAAUAUAUAUAUAUAUGUGUGUGUGUGUAUGUGUGUGUGUGUGUGUGUGUGUAUAUAUAUAUAUAUAUAUUAAAUUUUUAAUUUUCUGGAGCACUAUGUAUAUGAUUUAAGGUUUAUUACUCAAAAUAUAUUUUCGCCUUUCGGCUAUUCUUGUUAGCACUAUGACAUAAAACAAAACCUUUUAGCAUUGGAUCUCAUGUUUUUAACUCAUUUAAAAACCAUUUUUUAAUUUUUUAUCCUGAAUAAUGGCACAGUAAUUAAUUGAUGAUUGACAAUGUCAUGUUUAUGUAUGUAUAAAGUAGUUAGUAAGCACUUGAUGAUUGUGCUGUGUUUAAUAAUGUAACAUUGUACACGUCAGCUUAUAUCUAACAUAUCUGGAGCCAACAGAUUUCAUAUAAAUGUAACAAAGAUAUUUGUUUCGCAUAGUACCUUUGAAAGAAAAAUUCAAUAUUGUGCGAAAAAUUUAUAAACAUCCAUUAAGUCUGCAAGUAAGAAACAGAAUUUAGUUUUAUAGUACCGUAGUUUUGUUAUUGAGCUUUGAUUUUUUAUUUUGUUCUCAUUUAUGCAUUAUUAAGUAUGGAAGCUUUGCAGAAAGAUUUAUGGUAAAUUGUGCACAUUAAGUUUGAUGCACAAAGUACAGUUGAUGCCAGGGGCGUUAACAUGGAUAAUCCCCCACCAAUGAAAGGAAUGAAUUCGAAAGCAAACGGCUGGCAAACUGGUUCUAUCCCGCACCCUCCCAAAUUUAAUUUCUAUGUACGUUCUUGGUUGUAGCUCUUAGGUUCAGCACAUUUUGCAAUCGGGCACAGAUUGAGCCACUACACUUUAUUUUUUUCAUGUAAAUUCGGGCAUUUGUUGGUGGGACCACAAAGUCGCCUCCCUGCUCUGUCCCUGUUUUUAAUUCACUCAAUGUUUUGAGCAGCUUAUUACCACUUGUUUUAAAUAUAAUUGUACUAUUUACUAAUUACUAUAAAAUCUUUGGUAUUCCCUUUAAAACCAUUUUGAUUUUUGAUAACCUGACAAAAUCGCUAACUUGCCAUAGCGAUGGUCUCGAACAUGAGUAUUAAAGAGCCUUUACUGUAUCAAAAUAAUCUCUUGUUUUAUCAAUUACAUAGGAACAUAGGUUCUGCAGUUGAAUUUGUAGAUUUUGUCAGAAAGCCGCCUAUUGGAUUAGGAUAAAUGCUAAGCAGAAGUUUAUUUUACUGGGAUUUUUUUUUUUAACUAAACCAUAUUUAUUUUUGUUCAAAGUAGUCAAAUUAUUUUUGCAUCUUGUAGUUGAAACACACUGCCAUGAUUAUGUUUAUAUUAUUUUAUACUGUAAUUUACAUUGGAAAAAGUCAGGGAAUGUUUUAUAUUAAAAAAAAAUAAUUCAGAUUGAAACAUAACCUAUUUUACUCUAAACCAAAAUACAAAUGUUAUAGUCAAUGUGGCAGUUACCAAAGAACCCUCCGCCUCGAGUGACUAGUAACCUUUAAAAGAUGGGAAGUUGUAAUGAAUGGAAUAGCUUUAAAAAUCAUUGCAAAAGGAAUACGAGAAGUUUAUAUUUAUUCCGUGUUAGCUUGUAGCAAUAUCCGCCCAUGGUGGGAAACUGGUACAGUGGCAGGGUGAAUGGAAAUCUAACACCUGCUAGUCAAAAUGUCACAAGGCUUGUCGUCCAUAGAGAAAAGCCUUUAUCCGAGAACAUUUUGUACGAAACUUUUCAUUCUAGUAAUGUCUGGGAUCGUGAUGCAAGCGCAGAACAGUUGAUAAUUGCAAGUCUUGUAUUUCUCAGGAAGAUGUCUCUGCUAGCCAACUCAUUUUUUUAAGAUUUAGAACCAAAGUAUGGUAUUUUUAAGAUCAUUAAAUUUUAUAGUUAAAACUUAAGUUGUUAUUCAUUAUGUACUUGUACAUCAACUGUAUUAGUCCAAAAAUAAGCUGACCAUGAAUAUAUGUAGAUACAGUAAGUCCUCUAUUUACGUCGUACCGAUUUACGUCGUUUCGGAUUAACGUCGCUAAUGUUUGAGUACUCGUGUUUCAAUUUAAGUUGUCGCCGAUUCACAAUAACGUUGUUUACAAUGACCGUAAAUCUUUAUUUUAACCAAAACACCGUAUAUAAUUCGUUUAUAAUUCUUUGUUUCCUUCGGUAGUUAAUUUAUGCUAUGUAGCGUAAGCUACACGUUCACCGCCUUAUCUUAUCAUACAUCAUGAGGGACGCUUCCUGCUCUCCGCUGCUUUAUAUUUCAAUCAAUAAAGGUAAUAAAGCAGCUGGUUAAAUAACCAUUCUAUAAAGCUGAGAAGUACUAGUUGGACUUGUUUCCCAUGCUGUCGGUUGUCAUUUGCUGAUAAAAUUGCCCGUUGUCACAUCUGUAUGCCAGCGCUUCCGGCCGACCUUGGGCCGUGGCCGGCCGGUGGCAUGAAACAUGGCUCAUUUUGCGUAGUUUCUAUUUACGUCGUGGUUUUCAGGAACGUAACCCCGACGUAAACCGAGGACUUACUGUAUGUUUAUUCUUCGUCUACCCUAGUUAUGACUGCUAGAAACUUACUCUGCUGUUCUUCAAAUAGUAGAUACUGAAUUGUGUAAUUGAGAGUUACUAAAGAUAAUAUUUUGUAAUCCAAGUUUACAAAUAAUUGAAAAUUAUUUAUAAAAAUUAUUUUGUUUCACUAUUGUAAAUUUUGUAUCCUUUUUUUCUUUCUUCAAUUAAUGCUUAAGUUGAAUACAUAUCAAUGUUUAGUUUUAUUAUUAUGAGGGUGAUAUUGUCAUAAAAAAAAAGUUAGGCUGAUAUUCAGACCAAAGUAUGUAGUACUUACUUGAAAUAGGUAGUUGUUGUGGUUUCAAUGGCAAUAUGUAUGAUGCAUACAUAAUUUUAAUUUGUUACUGAGUAAAAUGCCAAAAUAAUUUGGUUUGACCGUAAAUGACUUAAGUAUUAUAUGUUGGAUAAAAUUUAAAGUAAAGCAAUGAAGAUAAUGUUUUGUUCAAAAUGUGUAUAGAAUGGAUCUGUGAGACUGACUUAAAUGUUUUUGAUUCGUUUGUAUAUGUGUUAACUUUUGACAAGUGUCGCCUUAGCACAUUCCUAAUACGUACUCCGAAAUUGAUCACGUUACCAUUUAUUUUGAUGUCCUCCAAGAGUAGUCAUUCAAUUCUAUUAAUUUUCUUGUUUCUUCCGUAUUUUCCAGUGUAUAUUCAAAAACCAAAUCUGCUUGGUACUCUUCCUAUAUGACAAGCAGUCUUGCAUCUGUGCUUAUGUUGCUGUUGCAGUGUCUGCAAAAGAAAACCUAGUCGGAUUUAACGUUCUAGACGUGAACACUCACCCAGGCCACAUCUUAAACGAAGGUGAUGAUUUAUUUUACCAUUUACAUUACUGAAAAACUGACCUAGUGUUAUAUGCUGGAGAAUACGGAAAUGUGCAUUCUGUACCAUUUUAGUAUAAGUAGUCAUCAACCAAAGAACAUUUAUUUAGAUAAUUGUAUGCCUUUUUUUUUGCAUGCAAUACAAACUAUAUGUUCAAUAAUGGCUGCUUAAUAUGGUGCUAAUGGCUCUAAUCAUGUAUUGUAGAAAGAGUGAGGAGUGUAUAACACAGUAUUAAAUUCAAUCUCUUUUUACAAUUGAAACUUGCUUUGCUUAGUGAGGGCACUCUUUCUUCCUCCCAACAAAAAUAAAAUGAGGAUAAUAGAUAAGCUACUGAAACCAACAGCUUUAGAGCCAUGGGUAUAAGUUCUUGUUAAGUUUAUACCAGUGUUUGCUCUAAAGUUGCAUUUAGCGAGGUUAACAAAAGGAAAUCUUCAUAGAAUUUUCGAAGAGUUGAUUCAUUACAUUAGUAAUUUGGAUUAAAAAGCAUACAGAGAAGUAAGUUGAAAGUAAAAUUAAAUUUUGUAUUUUGCAGUUGAAUUUUGCUAGGAAAGUCACAGUACUAUGCUUUUAAUUUUUGCAUGUGAAAUAUCUAACCUCGGUAACGAGCAAUUUCAUGUCUCAUGUUGCAAAUACAAUUAUAAUUCGAAACUGACUCAAAAUUUAACGUAGAAUACAAAAAAAAAAAAUGCAGUGUGUGAUAAAUAUAUGUAGGUAAAUUGAUUUUUCAACUACAUUUCUGGACGCGAAUCUUGCAUAGUUUUCGCACUUGCUGCUAGAAUUCGCAGCCGCAGCAGCUAUGGCAACUAUAAAUCAUUCGAUUUGCAAAGCCAAAUUUUAAACUAUGUAAUGAAACUGUGAAAAAGAUGUAUAUGAUUUUUAACAAGGAAUUUUAUUAAAAUACUCCUUAUCUUGUUAAAAUUCAUACUAUAAAUUUUCCCUUUGUCUUUAUGAACUUUUAUAUCCAUCUGUUACAGAUGGCAGCACUGUGGUUGUUACAUAUUUCCAUUCCUUGACGUCUUGUCACAUUCGAGAAAUUACUUCCACCGAAUGCUGUAUACAGAUUACACAUCAAAACAAAAGUUGAUUUUUCUUUAGCUACCUUGUCAAAAUAAUUUUUUAUCCUUGAUUCAUCUUUUUGGUUUAGGUGCCUGAACUUUGUAAAUCUAACAAUUUUAAUUUCUAAAAAAUUAUGUUUAAAUAGGCUGCCUACUUAAAGAAUGUUGUGAUCUAUCCACCAUUGUUUAGGCUUGGUAGAUCAGAUCAACUGUGUUAAAAAAGACUGAGACUUUACUAUGGCAUGUUUCAUGGCUAAAUCUAAUUCUGAUUAGCAGUUUUUUUUAUUAGGUAUUCUUCAAUCAGGAUGAUCUUGGUCUGCAAUAGUGACAUGCAAUAAAAACAAAAGUGUUUAUCUCAUAUUCUUUUGUUUUCCUACGACAAUUUUGAUAUUCAUUAUUAUUAUUAUUAUUAUUAUUAUUAUUAUUUUUAUUUGGAAAGAAAACAGCAAAGUUGGUUAGAAACACCAUUUUCCUUUCAAAAUCAAAUGUGGCUUUAGAAGAGUCAUAUUUUAAAUCACAAUUUUUUCCCAGUUUUAAACAGUAUUUAAAAAAAUUCUUAAUGAAUGUAGCAAAUGCAGAGACAUAUCUAUUUACGUGCUUCAUUUUCAUUCCCUUCUAAAUUAUUCUGGUCUUCUAUUAUUAUGCAUGGCUAUCCAUAACAUUAAGACCUCCAGGAAUAAAGUGGGCUUGAAAAAAAUUCAGUGAACCAAUUGCUCAUAAAUUUGUCAUCCAGGAGGAGGAUUGAACACACAUUCGUCAAUGGAAAGCAAAUCAGUGUAGAUUUGCAACAAAUUAAAUAUAUUAACUUAAUGCAAAAAAAAUUGGUAUGAAUUUCAAAACAGUCACUGUGAAACUAUUUUUAUAAGUAACUAUCACUAUUCCAGCUUGUGGGUGUUUGAAUGAAUCUUUUUUUUUAUUAUUAAUUUUCAACUCUCAAUGAGUUUAAAAUAUCCCCCCCCAAUUAUCCUCUUCAUUUAACCUUGCUACCAGUUGUUGAUCUAUACAAAACACCUUAAAAAUCAUUAUACAUAACCAAUAAGAAAGUGUGUUACAAAGUUCAGUACAACAUCAGUUUGUAAUUAUAAAAUGGAAUUAUUUGUUCCUUACUUAAUUUGUAAAUUUUAUGUGAGAAUUGAGUGCAACACAGACAACCCAAAUUUUAAUCUGGAAAUUCUAUACAUGUAGAUAAAUAGACAUGAAAAUGUGUGUCGGUUCACUUGCCUUGGUAAUAUGCUAUAAAAAAAAUGCAUAGUAUGUGUGUUCUUGUGGAAUCUGAUACUUUGCUGGAAAAAGCUUUAAUUCCAAGCUUGUUCUGGAAGAAAUAUAUUUUCACACUUUAUUGCAUCAAAUUAACUAUGAAGGAAUGUUUAUCAACAGUGUAUAAAUAUAAAUGUCCCCAAAUCUCCAGAAAAUGGGGAGAAUAAGUUUGCCAGUGUUUUCCUCUGCAAAAUAGGUGUAUCUGCCCAUCGAGGCUUCCACAAAUAUUACGACUGCAAACCCACAUAGUUGUGGUAUAAUCAACUCGCGUAUAAAUUCAUUCACACAUGCUACUACAUACGAAGCCAAUGGUAUAGCUAGAAGGUUAAACAAAAACUUUUACAUUUUGCUACUUUUAGUUUAGCGUUAAAUAUUAUAGAAUUUUUGUAGCUGAGCAGACUGAAAUGUAGAGAGAAGUGGAAGCAACUACUUUGUUCUUUUAUACAUUUUGAACUGUUAGAUGUAUAUAUACAAUGCUUGUAAAUGUUAUAUUUUGUAUUUUUAUUGUAAGGUGUGACGUAUCGAAUGCAGUGGCAAGGAAAAUGAAAUUUUAACCUGUAACAUUUUUAAGCAUUCCAUGCUUACAUUUAUAUUUUUUGUGAAUACAAAGAUUUUUCUUGUAAACUGAUGAAACAAUUUUGGUAAAAAAACAAAAUAAAAUAAUUGUGAAACCUUUA